UUAAUUCCAAAUACAAUUAAAUACAUUUAUCACUUCAUAUUUAUGAAUUUGCUUACACAAUUAUUGUAUUCAAACGUAAAUACAUAUUUGUAUUUGUCUUAUGUGAAUCUUCUAUAUAAACCAUGUACCACACAUGUAGUUUACCACUUACACUUACAAAAGAAAGAACUAGACCAAAAGAAAUGGAUUUGAGAAACAACACUGAGCGUAAGGCAAGGAGGACUCCAACUUCAUCCAAGGAGCGUCACCGUCGUAUUCGGCUUCCGGUGACCUGUGCUGCUCAAGUUUUCCAGCUGACAAAAGAGCUAGGCUUCAAGACUGACGGCCAAACUGUUGGUUGGCUCCUUCGUAAUGCCGAGCCAGCCAUCUUGGCCGCCAUGGGCCACGGCCUUGACACCACCUCGGAUGAGACCUCGAAUCAUUUCAUCCACUCAUAUAUGAAUAUUCAUAAUUGUAGUAAUAUCAGUUUUGGUAACAGUUACAAUUACAGUUGUACUAUCGAUAACUCAGUCCAUUAUGCGGACACUAGUGGUCUUGUUAGCCAUCGCCGUGAGAACAUUACUGGUCACCAUGGACUGGUAUUUCCCGGUGCUACAAUGCCUGAGUAUGGUCCUUCAACCGGGUUUUCUGAGAACUUGAUGGUGAAUCACAAUAGGCCUGGUAUGGUACGCCCCUCAGCGCCUCAGCCGCAACCGCAGGAGCAACCGGAUGACUUUGAUGAGGUGGAGACGGUGAUGGCUGAGCCAGCCUAUUACCAUCCUUGAGAGUAUUGAUUGGUGUUAGAGAUGUUUCUUUGUCAAUUUGUUUCUUCAUGUUUUUCGAGUUUAAAGAUGAAUAAUUGUGGUG